AUGUCGUUAGAGCUUGGAUGCGCUUAUUCCUACAGAAUGGUAAACUUUGGAACCAAAAACGAACACUACGGAAUGCAGAAUAAAAACGACCUGGACAAAAAAUAUGUUCACAUGAUUGACAAUGAUGUCCUCAUUGUUACUGAAACUCUACAUAAGAGAGAUGUUCAAGAAAUAUUGGAGAAAUUUCACCCUUUAGGGAUGUUUGAUAGUAUUGCCAUCUUGGCAGUUUCUCAGAAUAUGCAUGAGCUCUAUAGACCAGUACAUGUGCAUACACCACUUGCUCCAUACUUUUCAGAGUGCAUUACAUCAGAGCAUUUGGAUGAUAUGCAUAUUGAGAUUAUGAUAAAUACCCUUUACAAGGCAUAUCUUGAAGAUGUCUACCAGUUUUACCAGGGAGCAUCAUGGGAUCCUAAUGGGCGUAUGAUUCUUAUUGCUUUCUCAGAAUCUUUAACAUUAGGUUCUGUUCACUUUGCUACAAAGCCUCCAUCACUUGAUGGCCCAAAAUUCAAACCACCGCAAUAA